AUGAGGCCCGAGGUGGCUCAAAUCAAUUCAAGGCCACCCCCCCCCACCUGUCGGCUUGUGGGCCAUGGCGGCCAUGUGUCUGGUGACGGCGACGGGUCACCUUGGCAGCAUCGCGCGUCGGCGAUGGGCCGCAGCGCUGUUGGCGCUGUACUGCCUUGCGGCCUUGUGCUGCUGCAGGGCACAUGGGCUUCUGAGAGCUGCGCGUUGGGGCACUGGAUCACAGAAGCGCCAGCUUCCAUCAGGCAGAACCAAGACCUGCGAGCAAGAGGGCUUGCAGCAACAGGCAUCUGGAACUUGACAAAAGCGAAGUCCUCUUCCGUCUGGUCUGUGGUUUGCGUAAGCAGGUUCUGCACAAAGGAGUCGACGACAAGAUCGCCCGGCCUGCAUCUUGCAAACUUGGACGGGCAAAUGAGGCAAAUGCGAAAGUGCUUCUGCCAUGAAGAUCAUGAAGCAAAACUUGGCUCUGGCCUGAGUUCCAAGCUACAGGUUGGGCAGCGCCAGCGGCUGUUGAAUGCUUUCAUCCGAAAAUUGGAUAUCAGGUACGCGUCCAAGUCCAGGCACCUCACCGAAGGUCCACAACUGUCCACGCAAGAAACCGCCAUAAACCGCCCUGGACCGUGGACAUCCGUGGACAUCGACAUGGACCAUGCGGCUCUGAGGGUGCGGCUGGAGAUGCCGGCAUCCUGUGCCUGUGCGCUUGCAAGAUCUAGGCCCUAG